AUGGCUCGGCACCUCUCUCGGCCAUUAAAAUCACAGUUUAAUAUAUCAUCCAUCCUGUCAAGGUUGAUCAACACAAGCGCAAGUCUACGUGAUACCUAUAGACUUCGCCGCUGCAACCCAGCUCAAGCCCAGACAUACAUCCAAGCACGAGAUUUCAUCGGGGCACAACCCAUGAACCGCCGAUACGCUUCUAUCAAAACCUCGUCACAAACGACAUCAGCAGGCGAAUCAACAAUAUCGGGAGCCCCCGACAUCACAAACCACUACACAAUAUUCCCCCGCACACUUCCAGCAGGCCCACCACCAGCCUCGCCAUUCGAGAUCCCAGCCAGCGAUCUUCGCCGUGAAUUCCUCCAGAUUCAAAGCCUCAUUCAUCCGGACAAGUAUCCCUCCGGUGAGACUAAGCAACAUGCCGAAGCAUUAUCUGCCCGUAUCAACGAGGCAUAUCGCACACUACUAGAUCCACUCCACCGGGCACAAUAUCUUCUCCGCGAAUGGCACAGUGUCGAUGUCACAGCCGAAGAUGGAGCCUCAAAGCAUGCGCUCGACCCAGAGACGUUGAUGGAGGUCAUGGAUGUUCAGGAGACGAUUGAAGAAGUUGGAGCGUCGCCUGAAGCGCAGGCGGAGAUCGAUGCAUUGAAGGUUGAUAAUGAUUCGCGAAUUAGACAGUGUAUCCGUAUUCUGGCGGAAGCAUUUGAGCGAGGCGAUAUCGAUGCUGCGAGGAAGGAGUGUGUGCGGUUACGCUUCUGGUAUAGUGUCGGGGAGGGUCUGCGGGAGUGGGAGCCCGGAAACACGGAGAUUCGACUUGUUCAUAGUAGUUGA